CCGAAUACUUAUCAAGUUAGUUCAAACGCGUGUUGGCAGUCAUUUGUUUGAGUUUAAAGAUGAACGAAUCAAGUCUGCCUAGCAUCCCAGAGUAUUUCAAGGGGAAGAAUGUGUUCGUAACGGGAGCGACGGGUUUUAUAGGGAAAGUGCUGAUCGAGAAGUUGUUGAGAUCAUGUCCAGAGGUCGGGAAUAUUUACGUGCUUAUCAGGGAGAAAAAGGGGAAGGAUCCAGUCAAGAGGAUCCAGGAAAUGACUGACGUGGCCCUUUUUGACGUUCUCAAGAAAACCUAUCCAGACAAUCUCAGGAAAAUUUUGCCCAUAAUUGGAGACGUAACACAGAUCAAUUUAGGAAUAAGCUCUGACGACAGAAAAAAGUUGGUAAACGAAGUCCACAUAGUAUAUCACAUAGCAGCGUCGAUAAGAUUCGAUGACCCCCUGAAGUAUGCUAUUUUGAUGAAUACGAGAGGUACCAGGGAAGUGUUGCGUCUUGUUAAAGAAAUAAAACAACUUGAAGUAUUCAUGCAUUUAUCGACGACGUACUGCAACAUCGACAGAAAGGUAAUCGACGAAAAAGUAUACCCACCUCACGACGACUGGAAGCGUGCAAUAGACCUAGCAGAAAAUGCUGAUCCUAGGAUAAUGGACAUCCUGACACCUAAAUUCAUGGAGCCUUUUCCCAAUACCUAUACGUUUACGAAGUCUUUGGGAGAACAUGUAGUGAAAGAUUUAUGUGAAGGGAAAAUACCUGCCAUUAUAUUUAGACCUUCCAUUGUGAUCUGCACUAUGACUGAUCCAUUCCCGGGGUGGAUGGACAACUUUAAUGGACCUGUAGGUAUCCUUGUAGCCUCUGGUAAGGGUGUUAUGAGGUCAGUUUACGCGGAUCCACAAAUUCGUGCCGAUUACGUACCUUGUGACAGUGUUGUUAAAGGCAUGAUUAUGUCCACGUGGAAAAAAGCUUUGGAAAGGAAUCCUGCCGAAAAAUACAGCAUUUCGGUAUACAACGCAAGUAGCUACAGGGUACAACAGGUAUCUGUAGGCGAACUGGUGCAUCUCGGCAAGAAACUCUGCUGGGAAAUGCCCCUAAACGACAUCAUCUGGUAUCCAAAUGGAUCUGUAACCAAAUGUUGGUACGAAAAUUAUCUCAAACUGAUAUUCUACCAAGUGUUACCUGCACUGUUCAUCGAUGGACUUCUGCUAUUAUUGGGAAAGAAAGCUAUGCUGGUAAAGAUCCACAGAAGAAUUUUCAUCGCAAACAGUGCUUUGGCGUACUUUUUGAACAAUCAGUGGGACUUUUUGAACAACAAAACGCUCGCGUUGGAAAACCAUUUACGUCCAGACGACUUGAAGGCAUUUUCCUAUGAAAAAGACUCGAAAUUCGCAGAACCAUACGAGUUUUUCAAAAACGGGUUACUGGGUGGAAGAAGAUAUUUGUUACAUGAACCAGAUGACACUAUGGAUAAGGCUGUGGUGCAUUCUAGAAGGAUGUGGAUAAUAGCCCAAGUAUUCAACUCUUUAUGGUAUGCUGCAGCCUUUUACGUCGUAUGGACAAUUUUUAAAAUUUUCAUUCUCAAGAUCAGCGAUAUUGUCGAGUACUUUAAUACUCCUUGGUGAUUCAGAACUCUAAAAUACAUCCUAACUUAUUUAACACUUGUAUUCAAUCCAAAUAAACACUUUUUUAUAAUAUCAAAA